CCGAGAUAUCAUCCCUCCGGCAAUAGCCUGGGCUGCCAGAGACAUGGACUUCCUGGACGACGAGGCUGAAGUCAGCUCGGAUGUCCUAGUCCCCAGCUCCCAAGCUGAUCUGAAUCCGCGUGCUCGCAAGCGUCGCCGCCUUGACUCCCAUUCUGAUGCCUCUUCACUCCCGGAGCACGACGAAUACGAUUUGCCGCCAAACGAAGAUGAGACCGGAAAAGAAAACAGAAAGUCCAAGUAUGAAGAACGAAUCUAUGUCCCUCAAUAUGGGGAUCGUCCGUCGGAUACCUUCGUUACCCAGUUGACUCAACAACAUUCCAGUCCAUCCAGAAUCCGAGGGCCAAGAUGGAUGAAGCCUCGGAACAACCCUUCGCCCUCGUCUUCCGCUGUCAAACGUCAUGCUAACACCCCACGCCGACAUUCUCAGGCAGCUAUCCACAGCGACGAGUUUGAAGUGGACGAGGACGAUUUCGAACUUUUCGAAGCUUUGGGUGAUUGUAGUAACUCCGCGCUUAGCAAUGGCAACCACGAUGGCAAUCCGGCUCCGCGUCAGCCUCUACAGAAAUCAAACUCUUUCCGCCAGACGACUCUGCAUGGAAUCCAUACCACCCAGCCUCCCGCGACGCAAACCCAGUCGCAGAUCAGGGUACACAAUUGGCCUCUGGCAAACCGGAAUGAGCCCCCUACCCAUCAUGAGAUAGAUCGUGAUGCCAUGACCACAUGGGUCUAUCCCACGAAUCUUGGGCGUAUCAGAGACUACCAAUAUAAUAUUGUGCAUAAGGGCCUUUUCCACAAUAUUCUGGUCGCGUUACCCACUGGCUUAGGGAAGACAUUCAUUGCCGCCACAAUCAUGCUGAACUGGUAUCGAUGGACGAAAAGUGCGCAAAUUGUCUUCGUCGCACCUACAAAACCUCUUGUUUCACAGCAAGUGGAUGCCUGCUUCAACAUUGUUGGCAUCCCGCGAUCUCACACCACGAUGCUGACGGGAGAGGUCUCACCAGCAAUCAGGGCAGAAGAGUGGCAAGAGAAAAGAGUUUUCUUCAUGACACCUCAAACCUUGAUCAACGAUCUGAAGCAUGGCUAUUGUGAUCCGAAAAAGAUCGUGUUGAUUGUGGUGGACGAAGCACACAAAGCAACUGGAAGUUACGCAUAUGUGGAGGUGGUGAAAUUCUUGAGAAGAUACAACUCCAGCUUUCGAGUCCUGGCUCUUACAGCAACUCCUGGAAAAGACGUGGAAAAAGUACAAGAAGUAAUCGAUGGCCUUGGAAUCGCUAGAGUCGAAAUCAGGACCGAGGAGUCGCUGGAUAUCCGCGAAUUUGUACACAAGAGGGAUGUCGAAACCCAGGUAUUUGAAAAUUCGGAUGAGAUAACCAUGUCGUUAGAGAUGCUUUCAGCAACCCUGCAACCAUUACUGAAUAAGCUGCACUCCCAGGGCGCUUCUUGGGGCAAGGACCCACGAAUGAUUACGCUGUUCGGUUUGAAAAAGGCCUGGGAAAGAUGGCAGUUGUCGGAAGCAGGCAGAAGAGCUCAACAUUCCGUGAAAGGCAUGGUGAAAGCGAUAUCCACUACUCUCAUGAGUCUGGCCCACAACAUCGAACUGCUGAAAUACCAUGGCAUCGGCCCUUUCUACCACAAGAUGAAGCUGUUUGCAGAUGAAGCUUCCGGCGGCGGCAAGUAUGCAAAACAAAUUGUGGAUGAUGAUAAUUUCAAGAAAUUGAUGAUCCGACUGAGGGCCUGGAUCAACAACCCAGAUUUUAUCGGGCACCCGAAAUUAUCUUACUUGAAGACGGUCGUGCUCAACCAUUUCAUGGAUGCCGGUGAGGGUGCCAGUGGGAGCCACAGCACAGGCUCCUCGGGCACAAGGAUCAUGAUCUUCACACACUAUCGAGACAGUGCAGAGGAAAUUGUGAGAGUGCUCAAUCGCCAUGGCCCUAUGAUCCGAGCACACGUCUUUGUUGGGCAGUCAGGCACGAAAGGCGGCUCUGAAGGAAUGGAUCAGAAGACGCAACUGAGUGUUAUCAAGCAAUUCAAGGCCGGGAAAUACAACACAAUUGUCGCAACAUCAAUCGGAGAAGAAGGUCUCGACAUCGGUGAAGUCGAUUUGAUUGUGUGUUACGAUUGCUCGAAAUCGCCUAUUAGGAUGCUUCAACGCAUGGGCCGGACAGGGCGUAAGCGGGCGGGUACCAUCGUUUUGCUCAUGAUGCGUGGCAAGGAAGAGUCUGAUUUCGCCCAUUCAGAGGACAAUUAUCAGAAGAUGCAAGAAAAGAUCGCAAGCGGCAAGGAGUUCAAUUUCCACGAAGAGCUGUCGGCCAGAAUCGUCCCAAAAGAGAUCGUACCCGCGGUCGACAAGCGUGUGGUUGAGAUUCCGAUCGAGAACACGCAGCCUGGCUCGGUCGAGCCCAGUAGGCGAAAAGCCAAAAACGCCAAAAAGCCACCGAAGAAGUUCCACAUGCCGGAUGGCGUUGAGACGGGCUUCACGUUUUUGGGCGAUGGAGGAAAGAAGAAGGCCACAACACGAGAGGGCCCAUCCAAACCUCCGGAAUCAAGAAAAGACCGCCACGUGGCUGCACUGCCUCCUUUGAACGAUGUCCUUCUUUCCGAGUCGGAAGAGCGGGAACUCGAAGACCGCUAUGUCCGACUCGCAGGGGUCGAAGACGAGUAUAUCCAGUUCGUGCGCUUUGAUGCUUACCCUGAUCAACAGCGGCGUCUGGGUAAGACAGAUGCCGUCAAACAUUCAAGGGCAACUAGGACUUUGGUACAAGCCUUCGAGGCCAUGCGGAAUCCAAGAAAAAGCUGGAGUCGUCCGUCAGAGUAUGAGCUCUCUCCAGAGGGUGUCGAUGCCUCACCUGAGUUGUCAGAAGCGGAAGAACUGAUGCGUACGACCAAAAUUUCCAAAAAGAAACCGAAGCCUCCAGCGUUUCCCCAAACAAAGGUGUCUAGCAUUACCGUCAGGAGUAGCUCUAUCGGCGAAUACGAUGACAAUGACAGUUUCAUCGAUGACGAAGAAGACCUCGCAGCCUCCCACCUACCAGAGCCCAGACAACAAGCCAGGUCAGUGCUCGAUGACAGCACCGAUGACGAUCUAUUUUCUCCUCUACGGAAAAUACCGAGUUCAUCCCCUGUCCUUGAGGAGGUAGAAACCCUAACAGAGAAACGCUUCUACGUCUCCCAGCAAAGCAUCGAUUACGACGCGAUGGACGAUGACUUGCCGGAUCUAGAGACCCUGAUUUCUGCCAGGUCCAGCAAGGCUCAUGCAUCGAAGACGAAAGCCCAGGGCGUUGUUAUGCCCAUCUCUCCAACCGCGCGGGAGAAAUUCACGAAUCCGGGACGUCGAAAAGGCGCAAGGCGGGUGCUCGAUAGCGAUGACGACGAAUGACUUCCAAGAGGCCUUCGAGGUGAUCGUGCUUGGUUGUUUGUUUGGGGCUUGGGUCUGACCAGGUUGAAUGACUAGAUGAUAGAUCCCCUACUAACGUGGGAAUCAAUGGUCGCGCUCCGGGAGUCAACUCCCUACCAUACAAGAAGCUACAAGCAGCGACUCGUACGUCCUUGCUAAGUACAACCGGUUGGCUAGGUCGCAGUAUGAGUUUCGUGCAUGAAUGCGAAC